AUGUAUACAAAAUGUUUGCAUAUGUGUGCGUGUAAAUACGUUUAUAAGUAAUUGACAAGAUUAUUUUAUUACGUUAAUCGAAGAAAUUUUCUUUAUAUUCGAUUAUAGAAAAUACUUUGCGAUUCUCUAGAUUCGGAUGCUGUGUAUAAAUUCUAUUCGUGUCUAUCUUUUUCUUUCUCUGCGUUGCGUGUGUAUGCGUAUCUCUCUUUCUCUCUCUUUUUCUCUCUACGUGUCUGGGUGUGCGUAAUACGUGUUGUUUUUUUUCGAUGCAGUAGUCACGGUCAAUCGAAAAGAUUUCGUCGACUUUAAUCGUGAGAUAUCGGUGUGCGUGCGUGCGUGCGUGUGUUUUUAUUUUUAUUUUUUUUUAUUUUUUUUACUUUUUAUCAAGUUACAUAUAUUUAUUUCAUUUCUAGAAUGAUCAUUUGUUAGUCUCGUUCCUUCUUUAGGAAAUUAGGAAUGAGGAGAUGAGAUAUGGAAAGGAUGAUAUUAAUUAAUAUACGACAGAAAGAGAGAGAAAGAGAUAUGUGUAACGACGAAGUGCAUCCUGAUUGGAUAUGUCCUAUCUAGAACGAACUUUCGCGUGACAGUGAGCUGUCUUUUCUCUUUUGAAUAUUUUUUUUUUCUUCUCUUUCUUCUCUCUCUCUCUCUCUCUUUCUCUCUUUCUCUUUCCUUCUCUCAAGAAACUUCGCGAACGUCGCGUGUACGUUCAAAGAUAAUUUGUAAGAUGCUCGCACGAUCGUCGCGAUAUAUAAUAUGUAAGCAAUUUGAGAUGAUUCUCUUUCAAAGCGUUAACUGACACGUUCGGUGUACUUCGAAAUCCUUUUAUGUCGUUUACUCGAAUCGAAAAGGAAAAAAUAAAAAUAAAAAUAAAAAAAAAAAAAACAAGAAAGAAAAGAACGAAAUAAACAUCACGAGACAAUUUUACAAUCUUUGCAAUCAUCUGACAUUACGUUCGUUACGUUUUUCUUUUUUAUGGUUUUCUCGGAAUUCAAUCCAAAAAAGCAUACGUAAGUACGUACAUACGUAAAUACAUACAAACAAAGGUGUAGAAUCUUUUCGAAAUUUCUCUCGAGUCAGGAAUUACAAAAUUUUAAUGAAUCUUAUCGAUUUACCGAAUGAUACAUUGAUAAAUUACAUUAUAUUGUAUAAUAUGAUAUAAUACAAUGUAUCAGUGUGAUUAGAUCGAUCAGAUGAUCGUUUCUAUCGGAUGAUUUCUGUCAUUUUCUUUUUCGAUUCAUUUUCCGGGCGGAUUUUCUUUAUUUUUGGGAGAUUGGAAGUUGCUUGAGUUGGCCGAAUGAAACGAAAGAAGAAAACCAAUGAAAACAAAGAAAGAAAAAAAAAAGAAAGAAAAAAGAAAAUAAACCGAGAAAGGGAGUAAAGCAUAGGGAGAGAGAAGCUCGCGCCUGGUUACUUCCAUUCGCGGCAUUUUGCGACGUGCAUCUUGCUUCGCGAAGGCGAAGUAACGACGAUGGCGAACACUACUGCUACAAUAUCAGUAGCAGUAGCAGUAGCAGCAGUAGUAGUAGUAGCAGUAGCAGCAGCAGCAGCAGCAGCAGGAGCAGCAGUAGCAGUAGCAGUAGCAUGGCGCACGUGUGUUGCGCAUUCUACGAUCCGAUUGGUUAAAAUGCAAGUAACCUUCGCGGAUAGUUGAGGCUCGUUGUUUAAAAUCAAUGCUCUCGGAUGACAUUCAACAAAGAUUCUUUAGAAAAUUUAACGAAGAACGAACUCGAAUGACAAUUUAUUAUUAUUAUUACUACUAUUACUAUUAUUAUUUUUAUUAUUAAUCGUACUCGUAUUAAGGAACGAACCAAAGAGAUUAGAACAGUGCAGUGAAUUAUCCGUAUACCAAAUUGAUACCAAAAGUUUAGUGAAAAUUUACCAACUUAUGUGAAUGUGUGAUGGUGUUCGCCGCAACGACGAAGAAAAUAAACGUGUUUUGAAAAAAAAAGAAAAAAAAAAGAAAAAAGAAAAAAAAAGAGGAGAAAAGAAUACAUGAAAAUAAAAAGAAAAGAAGGAGACAAAAAAGAGAUAAGAGGAAAACAAAUAAACAAAUAAGUAAAUAAAUAAAUAAAUAAAUAAAUAUAAGGGAUAUUGAAAAUGAAAGAUUGUUGAGAUAACAAAAGAAAGGAAAAAGGAUAAAGUGUGGUUGAGUGUUUGUGUGUGUGUGUAUUCAAAGAAACGUGUUGGGAGACAAGAAGAACCAUCAAGAUGAUGAAGAAGGAGAAACCUAUGAUGUCCGUGACGGCCAUUAUCCAGGGAACGCAAGCUCAACAUUGGGCACGCGGUAACACCUGGUUAAGCCUGGACAAUAGUAACAUGUCGAUGUCAUCAGUAGGUCCACAGAGUCCACUGGACAUCAAACCCGACACGGCUAGUCUUAUAAACCCAGGAAACUUCAGUCCUUCUGGUCCUAACAGUCCAGGAUCCUUCAACGCUGCUGGUUGUCACAGCAACCUCUUGAGUACGUCGCCAAGUGGACAGAACAAGGCAGUUACACCCUACCCACCGAAUCACCCUCUGUCAGGCAGCAAACAUCUCUGUUCGAUCUGUGGUGAUCGAGCUAGUGGCAAACAUUACGGUGUUUACAGCUGCGAGGGUUGUAAAGGAUUCUUCAAAAGGACCGUCCGUAAGGAUCUCUCGUAUGCGUGCCGUGAAGAAAAGUCCUGCAUAAUCGACAAAAGACAGAGAAAUCGUUGUCAAUAUUGUCGAUAUCAAAAAUGCUUGGCGAUGGGAAUGAAAAGAGAAGCGGUGCAAGAAGAGCGACAACGUACUAAGGAAAGAGAUCAGAGCGAGGUCGAAAGCACAAGUAGCCUUCACUCUGACAUGCCGAUCGAACGUAUUUUGGAAGCUGAGAAACGAGUUGAAUGCAAGGUCGAGCAUGAAGGAAACUACGAGAAUGCAAUAUCGCACAUUCGCAACGCCACGAACAAACAGCUGUUCCAGCUGGUGGCAUGGGCCAAGCACAUCCCGCAUUUUACCUCGUUGCCGUUGGAGGAUCAGGUACUAUUACUCAGGGCUGGUUGGAACGAGUUGCUGAUAGCAUCCUUUUCUCAUCGUUCCAUCAAUGUCAAGGACGGUAUCGUUUUGGCCACUGGCAUUACCGUCAACCGUAAUUCGGCGCAACAGGCUGGUGUAGGGACGAUAUUUGAACACGUGCUAUCCGAACUUGUAGCUAAGAUGCGAGAAAUGGAGAUGGACAAAACUGAAUUAGGUUGUCUCAGAUCAAUAAUCCUCUUCAACCCUGACGUACGAGGUUUAAAAUCCAUCCAAGAGGUCAGUCUUCUACGUGAGAAGAUCUAUGCAGCUUUAGAAGAAUAUACACGUGUAUCUUGUCCGAACGAUCCAGGAAGAUUCGCUAAGCUAUUGCUUCGCCUACCGUCCAUUCGUUCGAUCGGCCUCAAAUGUCUCGAACAUCUCUUCUUCUACAAGCUGAUCGGUGAUGUACCGAUCGAUGACUUCCUAAUGGAGAUGCUGGAGUCAUCCUCGGAUCCUUAGGAACAAAGGGUGUGCCGCAUUCUGGGGCACACCGAUCUCUGAACAAGAGAAAAAUAGAGAUAGAUAGAUAGAGAGAGAGAAAGAGAGAGAGAGAGAGAAAGAGAGGGGAGGAUAACUCGUGGUAAAGAGAUAUAAAGCUACGGGGGAUAAAAAAAGAAAAAGAAAAACAAAUUAACGAGAAAACAGAGCUAUACGACAACACCAUUAUAAAAACAACAACAACAAUAAUAAUAAUAAUAACAACAACUACAACAACAACAACAUUGAAGAAUAUUAAAGUAGAGAAUUUACGAUCUUUUCUUCUCUUUUCUUUUUAUUUAUUUAUUAUUUUUUUUUUCUUCUUAUUUUCUUUCUUUUCUUUUUUUUAUUUUGUUAACUCUCCGUUCUUUCGUUUUUCGUAAAAAUAUCUCCGAUAUUCACGAGUCGAGCCAAGUGGAUUACUUACUUCUUUCUUUCUUUUUCUUCUUCUUUUUUAUUUUUAUUUUUAUUUUUUUUUUUUUUUAUUUUCAUUUCUCUCGUCGUCUUUUUAUUAUUUAUGUAUCUUCGUUUAGAGAACACUUAUAAAUAACAAAUUGCGAGAAUUCUCUUCAUCGUCGAAGGGAUCAUCGAUUCUUUUUCUGUUUUCUGUUUUUUUUUUUUUUCUCAAUUCGAUUCGUAUCGAGAGCGUGUCGGAAAAAGUAUACGACGAGGUAGACAUUGAUUUUGGUGACUUCGUAUCCCUCGUUUGUCUACAGUUCUUUUUUUUCUUUUUUUAAAUUUGUUUCCCUUAUUAUAAUUAUUUAUAAUAACUACGAGAUUGUUAACAUUGUAUACUACGUUGAAAUGUUUCUUUUUUCUUCCUCUUUUAAGGAGGACACCGAUUACAAGUUUUCCACGUCGUGUAAUAUCGUACGGAGUAUGUAACUGCAUCUAUAUCUUUACUGCCUAUUUUAUUAUUAUUAUUAUUAUUAUUAUUAUUAUUAUUAUUAUUAUUAUUAUUAUUAUUAUUAUUAUUAUUAUUAUUAUUAUUAUUAUUAUUAUUAAUAUAAUUAUUUUAUUUUUUAUUAAUAUUACUAUUAUUAUUAUAUUAUUUUAAUCAUGUACCUAUUGUUGGUAGAACAUAUUUAAUUUAAUCAUGCCGAUUCGUAAUCGCAUCAAUUUGAGAAUUUAUUUAUUUAACUAAUUCGUUUCAACAACUUAACGAAAACCAUAUGUGUGUCUCCUCGUUUUUAUUAUUAAGGAUGCAGUUUACAUAUGUAUUACUAUACGAAUAUUCAUACAUUCCAACUCUGCCUCGAUUCGAAUCGCUAAUUUUUUAAAGAGCCACUAUAUUGCGCGUGUAUAUGUAUAUAUAUAUAUAUAUAUAAUUUAUAUAUAUAUAAUAUACACAACACACAGCUGAGAACACGUGUCGUCGCACGUGUAGAUUAUAAUUUAUUGUUUUGUAUUUUAGGGUAUAAAGAAGAGACGAACUUACCAAUAAUUAUACAUUACUGAUUAUUAUCUAGUAGAUCUCUUUUUUUUUCCUUUUUUUUUUUAUUUUAUUUUAUUUCAUUUCAUUUUUUUUUAUUUUAUACAGCGUACGUUGUCUGUAAUAAAAUAUUAAAGAAAAAGAAAAAAAAAACUGUGACAAAGGAGUAUCCGUUUUCAAGGGGUUAGGGAUUCUUAAUAAGAUGAUAAAGUCGAUAGAUUAUUUUGUUGAAAAGUUUAACUCGUAAAUGGCAUGAUGAUAAUGAUAUGGACAACAAAAAAAAAAAAAGAAAAAAAAAGAACAAACCACGUUUUCUCAAUGUAACUCUGUCUUCUAUGUCCGAUAACAUGUAAACAAAACUAUAUUUACAAGAAUAGAGAACGAAAGAUAUCUUAUUGUUUAAUCAGCAACAAUAAGAUUCUUUGAGUAUUGAACUUUUUUAAUCGGCAAUAUGAAAUGAAAUUAAAGUGUAUAAGCUUUGAAAAUCUUUGCGAAGACACCUUGUCAAAUAACUGAUUUAUUCUUUCAACCUGGAAAUGUAGAAAUUACUAUAGAACGUAACUAAGGCAAAACCCUACUCUCGUUGUUAGCAAUUUACAGAACUCUGUGAGAUAUGAUUUGAGCUGAAGGACCUUUAAGAAUUUAGGUCAAUUAAAAGAUCUUAUGAAUUAAAUAAUGAAUUAUUUAAUAUUAUCUUGAUGAUAGCGAAAGAUGAAUUCAAUGAUUGAAUAUAGAUGGUACGUGGAUUAUUUAAAAAAAAUAUUAAAGUAUAUUAUGCAAAUAACCUUUUCUUUUAAACUCGUGAAAGUUUAUCAAAUGGCUUCAAUUAAAAAAUUCGUAUUAUAUCAGUAUAUAAUUAACGUUAAAUAAUUUCUUUGAUUUACAUACUGUAAACUAUUUCUUUUCUCUUCUUUUUUUUUGAUUAUAUACAUUUGGACAUCUUUCAGCUCUAGUCAUUAACACUGUUUACUCUAGUACUGUAGUAUUCAUAGGCAAAGGAUCAUACUUACACACUUCGAUAAUAUAAAUUAUGAUAAUAUUAUUAUAUAUUAUUAAACAUAUUUCUAUUUUUGCGUGAAUGCCUACGAUUGUUAGUUGUUGGUUAUUGUUAUCUACUUGAUGAGAGUUUUUAAUGUUAUGCCUACCAUCAAAAGAAACACGAUAUUAAAUUCUCCAUUUUUUUCAUAACAAGCUGGAGUUACGGUUCAUUUCAGAUGCCUGCUGUGCCAGUUAUGAGUAUUCAUGAUAAUGCAGAAUAGCCUGUAUAGAAGACGGAUAACAGAAAUUGUUGUUUUUACCUGAUUUCUGUGAUUUUAAUUAAACCGCGAUACAUAAUAAUACAAUGCUAUCGACGUUUCAUUAUCUAUGAGAGCGAUUAGUUUGAUAAAUUUAAAGAUUGUCGCGCUAUUCUUACCCUUUCCUUUCUCGAUUGUUAAUUCUGCUCGAUCGUUGAAACUGAAAGCACUGACCAGAAUUACCUCCCAACGGACGCAUUUUGCGUACACCUCUUCAAGCUCCUCAAAGUAAAAAGUAAGAGAUCACUUAGGGUUCGAGGGCGCGAAUGCUACCUGUGAAUGAAGUUUCAUAUAAAUCUAUAAAUGUUAAAAACAAAAAUCUAUACAUACAUAUAUAUAUGAAUAUAUGAAUAUAUAAACCGAACUCUUUCGCAAAUGAUAUACAAAUUUCAGUAGUGAUCGGUAGAGUAUUAAAGUUAAUGAUGAAAGAAAAUUAACUUAACAUUAUACGAUUCAACAUUACUAAGGUAAGAUCACUGGAAAGAUUUUGAGCAAAUUCAUUAGAAACUAUAUUGAACAUGUAACAAAAGAAUUAAUCCAUCAAGAAUUAUUCUUGGACGAAGGAGAAAAAGUAUGAUUGUCUUUGGUGUAAAUCUUGAUGCUUUUGCCACGUUUUUGAAAUAGUUAGAAAUGGUACAAUACUGAAAAUUUGUAUUUAGAGAUAUUUUACAUAAUAAUGAUGUUCUACAUAGAGAAAGAUUUAUUAAUUAUUUUAUCAUCCCAAUUUUAGAGAUUUUAUGCUGUGAUAGAUCGCUCGAAAUACUGUUGCCAUUUUCUUUAAUAUUACAACAAUUUUGUGAGGUAAUAUUUAAGUGGUAUAUUUGUUACUAUAUAUAAAAAUGAUCUACUAACCUUUACCCUUAUGCUUGCUAAUUUACGUUGAAAUAAGUCUUUCUCUGCGUAGAGUAAUAGAAUGGGGUGCGUAGCAAAGUUUCUGUACAGUGGCAUUUUCAUCUUUGUACUUAUAAUCUUUGUGAUUGCAUCUUAUUACUUCAUCCUGCAUGGUUAAAAGAAAUAUUGGCCAUUCGAUAAAAGAAAACUAACUCGUGUCCACGUUAAUAUAGUGGUGAAAAUCUAGCAUGAUUUCUAGCAUGUGUACGAUACAUGAUUUUCUUUCUUUAUUAUUGAAAAUUUUCCUCGCACCCAUUCUAUGUAAAUCAGUACAAAUAAGAUUAAUGAUAAUACAAUGUUUAAUCUUUCUGAAUAUAUAGAGAUAUCUGACUCUCACACUAAGAAAUGUCCUAUUGAAUGCUGUACCUUUGCAAAGCUAAUUUAGAAACCAGAAAACUCUAUACUUUCUGCGGACAUGUCUUAUAAUUUAUAUAUUCUUAAAACUGCUAAUUUUAGACAAAUUAACAUAUAUAUGAACUGCCACUACGAUUAAUAUUUUUUGGAGUAUUUGCAUUAGUCAAAUAGACCUCAAUCAAUCUUUCUACAAUCUAAAGAAACAACAACAAAAAGAAAAAAAAAAAAUAAAUAAAAGAAGAAAAUAUAAGUAUUAACUAAUUUACUAUGCCAUUUUAUUGUAAAUUAUACACUGUGAAGCAGUUGGAUAAGAUUUGUUUUUACGAAAUUGAUGAUGACAUUUUUCAAACGAGAAAAAACGAAGAAAACGACAAAAAAAAAUUAAUAAAAAAAAAAUAAUAAUAAUAAUUAUAUUCUCUAAAAUUCCAUAAAUUAAUCUAAAACGGGUAGGCAGCUCUCUGAUAUAACAUUCCAUCCUGCAAACGAUUAUUAUAAGCAGCUUUAGAUAAUUACGGAUACCAAUUAAUCAGUGUCCAAUCCCGUGAUAAAUUGCUGCACCGUUCGAUUCAAUGCCUAUUUUAUUAUUAUUAUUACUAUUAUUAUUAUUAUUAUUACUAUUAUAUCAUUAUUAUUAUUAUUACCUGCCUGUUUAUCUUAAAAAACAUCUCGUUUUUAUUAAUUUUAUAUACGUGUAAGAAAUACACCUUAACGUAUAAACCUCUUAAAAUAUCUAAUUAUUUUAUUAUAAUUUUAAUAACGGAAUUUCAGUAUUUUGUUCUAUAGUUAGCAGUAAAAGGCAUGUACGCGUAUGCGUGUGUAUGUGCAUGUCAUAAUUAUAUGCGUGGUGUAUAUGUAUUAUGGAAGAUUAAAAAGAAAGAGAGAGAGAGAGAGAGAGAGAGAAACUAAAAGUCAUCGCUCACAUAUAUACACACGUACACACAUGCCUCCUGUACUUUCGUAUAAAUGUGUGUUUGUUUGUGUAAUUCCUAGCCCAUCAUCCACACCAUUAAAAAAGCUUGAAAAAAAAAAUAAAUAAAUAAAUAAAUCUUGAGCGAUUAAAUAAUUAACAAAUCGCAACACAUACGUACGUAUCCGUUGUAGAUUAAAAAUGUUUAACUAUCUGUAAGAAUAAUAUUGGAAACUAUGAUACGCUUUUAUAAACGUGAAAUACAACAUACUUUUUGAGAGAGAGAGAGAGAGAGAGAGAGAGAGAGAGAGAGAGAGAGAGAGAGAGAGAUAAUGGCAUGAAAAAAUAAAAGAAAAAAAUAAUAUAAAAAAAUAUAACGCGUUUGGCAAGAUGGGACAGCAACUGUUUUAUAAAAAGUAAGAGUAAUAUAUUGACCUGUGUGUGUAACAAUGAGAGUAUAAAAUGUAAUGUAAUAUGAAAAUGGAAAUAAUAAACAAACAAAGUUGAGAUUGUAACAUUUAAAACACGAGGGACACGAAAAGGUGAUAUUGUGUAUGUACUUGUAAAACAGUAUAAAAAAAUAUUAACAAUCCCUAAGCAAAGAAAUAUUGUGUAUGAUCUUGCAUCAAGAAAUAGAUCGUCUAUUCUGAUUUAUCUAAAUAAAAUAUUUUUAUGAAGCAAA